UCUUUUUAGCUGUCGUCUCCCCUUCUUCCGUCACUCUCCAGCUUAGAGGAGAAGGAUGUUUUGUUCCAUCAAUAAGUAGUUUGUAAUCAUGGCAGAGAGGAGGAGAUCUGAUGCUGGACAAUUACUGAUUUCUACCACCGCCAAUAAUAACACCACCGUCGCCCUAACCAACAACAGCACUAAUUCUACCUCUACCACCAUUAGUACUACUACUGCUACUGGAGUCAUAGUGACAACACGACUGGAACACUUGCCUACCGCCGCCGCCACCAUCACCACCACUCUGUUAUCAUUGAUAUUACUGUUGACGACAGCGUCAACUGUGGCUGCCAAUAUUUUCUCUUUUUCCUGUUUUCAUAGCAGUCUCUUGCAAAACUACCAGAGUCAGCGUUGUGUUUAGCUUUUCAUCGACGACCUCAUACUUAACAAACACACUCUUACCUAUCUCCAUCUAUUAGAAAUAUCUAUCCUUCUUCAUAACAGCCAAGCACUGUCUAGGAUUUAUGGUAAAGGUAUACAAAAAAAAAAUAUAUAGAUUUAUAUAUAUAUAUAAACUUAUGAAUAAAUAUAUAUAAUAUAUAUUUAUAAAUAAACUAUACAUAUAUAUAUAUAUAUAUAUAAUAUAUAUUUGUGUGUGUUGUAUGUGCGUGCGUGUUGGUGCAUGUUAUGUCUGAUGGGAUACACAUUUAUAAACCAGCUGGACAUAAACAUCAAUAUAUUCACAUUUAGUCACUGAAGGUGAGAAAAAAUAAUCCAGAAAGGAAUCAAAAUCUUAAUUGCAUUCUUUUACUGUGUGAUAUAAAUAUAUAUAGAUAGAUAGAUCCCUGGCUUUCUUAAUUUUGAGCAACAUUCUUCCUUAAAACAACGAACACUUGUGUAUACGCAGACACGUAUGCUGGAGGCAUUGUGUAUGCGUUUAGACAUAAAUAUAUCUAAGGCAUGUUUGUUAGUAUUAACGGAAGAGGGAAGGGUUACAAUUGAAAUGUGUGGCUAGAUGUCUAGCAAAGUUGCGAUCAAUAUCUGACCCACAGAAAAGAGAGAUCUUUACAUUAAAAAAAAAAAAAAAAAAAGAUGGGAGCUAAACAAAGCUCAACUGGACCUCGUAUGAGGACAUAUUCGGGCAGUGGCCAAAGUGGAACAAGUACAGGCAAUGCUGGCAAUUCUGGAGGGGAACUUGCUGUUGUUGGAGGCUCUGCUGGAGCAGGUCAAGCCACAGCUGCGAGGGCUCGGGCUCGAAGCUUGGGCAGUUUUCAUCCAUCUACAGGACAUUCACCUUCUCUUAGUAUACCAAAUAACAACGGUUCUGGUGGAGUUAGUGGUGGGAUAAGUUUGUUAGGGGCUAUGUCCCCAGACUCAGAUUCCAGUACACCAGAGGAUGCACCAUUCGGACGUUCUUUCACACAUUCGUUGCCUGUACACUUAUCUUUCUUCACAGGCAUUAAAUGUCCUGUUUGUUCAAAAUCAGUUGCUGCAGAUGAAUUAGAAUGUCAUCUUGUUAUAUGUCUUACAAAACCAAGGAUUAGUUAUAAUGAGGAUGUAUUGACAGAGGAUAAAGGUGAAUGUGUGAUAUGUUUGGAAGAUCUCAAACAAGGGGACACCAUAGCACGACUUCCUUGUCUUUGUAUAUAUCAUAAAAUGUGCAUUGAUAGGUGGUUUGAAGUGAAUCGUUCCUGCCCAGAGCACCCCUCUGAUUGAGAACUUUAUUGGAGACUGUAUGGACAUUUUUUACUGAAGCCAUGAUGUUCUUGGGUAAAGAAAAGAAAUGGGGGCAAGGGUUGUGGGUUUUGAUGUAAUGGGUUGGUUAAGAAAGAAGAGAAAAAUUGAUUGCUGGACUGCCAAACAGGACAUCUGCCAUGGGGCUUUCUGCAGUAGUGAUAUGUGCUUGAUUGAAAUAUUGGUAGAAGCAGAUUAUUACAACUAUGAGAAUUUGUAAACAUUUUUGAAUAUAAAUAACUGCAUCUACUGAAAUAUGCAAAAAAAAAAAAAAAAAAAGAAAAAAAGGGAAAAAAAAUAGAGAAAAAUGUAUUUUUUUUUCUUCUGUUCAACCAACUGAUGGUUGUGAACUAUGUGUGUUCACUCAAACUUUUUUUUUUUAAAGAUGGGUGAACUUUGGGCUGUGAGGAAGAAGUUGAAAUGGAAGACGGCUAAAGGCUACCAUGGCAGAGCAAACAUUGGUGGCCUUUCAGCUGAAUUCUGUGUCUGGUGAUCCAGUAGAUCAUCAUAUUGCUGUAUUUAUGGACAAUUAUUUCAAAUAUCAAUAAAACUUUUCUAUGAAUAUAAUGCUUGCAAACGGGAGAUUGUCGUCAAAAUAUUUGCUGAAAUAAGUGCUAUUUUUGUAUGUGAAUAUAUAUGCUGACUAUGACCAUGGAAUGUAAAAGUGUUCUUUGUUACUUAUUGAAUUUUUCUGUGAGCUGUGUCAUUCUAUGGUCGAUCUGCAGUCCAGCUCCGAAACAGCUGGUUUUUCUUAUGUCACUUCUAAUGAUUGGUUUUACAUGUUCGCACACUGAUGAAUCUCAUCAGUUGGAUCAUGUAAAUUUAGAAAGAAAUUGAUGUUCUCUCUGCCCAGCCUUUUAUUAAUAUUAUUAUUAUUAUCAUUAUUAUUAUUACUAUCAUCAGCAUUAUAAUUAUUAUUAUUAUUUUUUGUUUUGUUUUGCAGGACUUGUAUGCAUUCAGAUAUAUCCUUUAUAUGUUUGUAGAUAACUAUGCCAAUGGUUCUUACGAAGUUAAAAAGUCUAUUGUGAUGUUGAUUCUUAUAUUGGCAGGGCUUCAUAACGUUUUGGAUUCUGUUAGUGCAAAAGAAGAAAAAAAAAAAACCAACAAAAAACAAAAAAAACUAAAGCAUAUUUUAACCAAUAGUUCAGAUGAAUGUUAAACAA